CCGACCCCCAAAAGGAAAAGAACAACUUAAUUACAGUCCAUCACGGAGUUCCAGAAGGAGGGCUUCCCACGGUGAGGUAAAAAAGCACAGCGCCGAAUCUCCGUCAGAUUGUCUCACCUAGGCCGAUCGACUUCGUGCAGUUACCGAGAACGGCAGAGGAUGAUCUCAGGUGUUGGGGCCAAGGCACAAAUCUGAGGAGAUCACAGGAGUGCGCAUACGACUUCUAUACACUCUCCGGAACAACAUUAGAAGCUCACUCAUGGCGACGGCCACAGCCCCCGUCAUGGAGGCAUCAUCCAGCCUCUCGACGACACAUACUCCUCCCACGGACGAUACCCACCUCUGGACUCCGGCGCAAGAGUCGGCGCUUCUUCAAGCCAUCGUCCGCUGGAAACCGGUGGGGAUGCACAAGCACUUCCGGAUGAUCGCCAUCAGGGACCAUCUCUUGUCCAGCGGCGCCAUCGAUCCGGAGGACAGCCACACCUCGAUAGCCGGGAUAUGGCGAAAACUGGCGAGCCUGUAUGACUUGGAGAAGCUGGAUGAGCGGGAAGACUCGAUCAUCUUCGACGGGUCCGGCGUGGGCUCCGCCAGCGUGGAGACAGACGGUGGCAGCGGAGGAGGAGGAGGCCGCGGUGGCGAUGAGUCACGGAGCGUCAGUAGUGCCAAGGGAGGGGAGUACUGGCGCGAGUUUGAGCUGCCCAGGGACGAGUUUGAGGAGAUGCUGUGGGAAAGACGGCUUGCUCCCGAAGCCAGUGCCGAGAGCAGUCCUCUAACGCAGCCCCCGAGCCCGGAUGUCGUUUCCGCAGCUACCAGGCGGGAGAGCACAGUCGCAGACACCGACGAGCCGCGGAGCUCGCCGGUGAGUGUCUCGGGUCGGGCGUCAGGGAGAGGGAGAGGGCGCGCUUCGGCCCGUACAGGCGGCGGUGGAAGGUUGUCGCGGCUGCAGAACGAGUUGGAGACGGAGAAAAGCGAGAGGGGCGGGAGCAGAAGGACCAGCAAGGCUCCGAGCGUGGUGGAGCAGGAGGAGGACCGGAUCAUGGAGGACGCGGACGAGGACGGCGAAGAGGAGCAGGAGGAGAGCGGGGCUGGGGAGGAGGAGGAGAGCGAGGAGCACGAGGAAGAAGAAACCGAACAGAAGAGGAGCGGGCCUUCGAAGCGAGGACGAGGGGGAGGACGUAGAGGGAGAGGCAGGAAACGCCGAAGAUGAGCAUGUGAUUGAGACAAAGACAAAGAGAGACCGCCUUCAGUUUGGGGUCGUGAUCCAUUCAUAUCCAGCCUUGCGCCCGGCUUGAAUCACAGGGGAAAUCGGGGAUGCCAUUCACGUUACCGUGGAAAGCCAAUGGUACCUCACUAUAGCCGCUCUGCACGAGGGUAUCAAACCUGAUUGCGCUCCAGGCGCACUAGAGAAGGACCAACACGGUUGGAGUUAUCAGUCCCGUUAUCAAAUCCAUCCUUCCUCCAAC